GCCUCCUUCUACAUGGACACCUUCUGUUUUGGAUCAACUGAGUCAACUGAUUCUAAUCCUGGGUCCCAGUAUUCUGCAAAGUAUUCCUAAGAAUGUUUUAAUGCCUUGGUUAAAAAACUCCAAUCUCCAUUCUGAUCUGUCAAAAAAUCAGGUGGGACGUAUUAGGGAAAGCCUUAAAUCCUCCAGGACAAAGCGAGAGACUGAGUGCCCAAAGGAUAAAGCCAUCCCGGAGGAGAUACUAAACGAGGACCAGAUUGAUGAACUUCUAUUUUAUUCUCCUAUGGAUUUGAAAUUGUGCUUGACUAAGGAAAUCCUAGUGAACAAUCUUAAUGUGUUUUCAGAAAACGCUUUCACAUAUGAACAACUGCAAGCAGUCAAGGACAAACUGGAUGAGAUAUUUCCUAAAGGAUAUCCUCCUGCUGUAAUCAGUAACCUUGGACUCAUUGAAAACCUAAUAGAUGAAAAGAACAUCAAGGAAUGGACUAUCAAUUCAACAAUCACAGUUCGUGCUUUAUUGAAUUCUGUGUCCAGUGAUGAGCUGAGAAUUGCAGUUAUUCAGCGUUACACUGAAUCAGGAGCACAAAUUGAUAGUGAUUUUCUGGAUGUGCUUGGGCCAUACAUCUGUCUCCUGAAUGAGGGCCAGCUCAGCAUGAUAACUGAAAGGAUGAUUAAGAUGGCCACUCUUCUUGACCCAUCCAAUUGCUCCUCAGCCAUCAAGGAUCAUCUCUAUCCAAAAGCCAAGCGGGCUUUUUCAGAUCGUCACUAUGAAUACAGUGAAUAUUAUAACCGGAUCAAGCCAUUUCUGGGAGGUGCUCCAGGUGAAGAUCUCAGGGCACUUAGCAAAAACGAUGUCAACAUGGAUAUUCAAACUUUUUUGGGCCUGAAAAGCAGCUCUCUAAUGGAAUUAACCCCUGAAAAUGUGAAAGGCCUGCUGGGCAGAAAUCUAAACAACCUGCAGGACAAACAGAAUAUCCCACUUAUACGAGAGUGGAUCCAGACGCGGAAGCAAUCUGAUCUGAACAGCCUUGGUCUGGGACUCCAAGGUGGCCUCCCCGAAGGCUUUGUUGUUCUUAAAAGUAAGACCACACGUGCCUCUACUUUUAGAUUAAUAGCGUAGAAGGAAGAUACUGGA